AGAAGCAAAAAAAAAAACCACUUCUCCCCUAAAAUGGCCACACUCUUCGUAUCCAUUCUCCUCUCAUCCCUUUUCACCUUAACCAAAUCAACUUUCUCCGAUGGUAGCGCCGCGGCGGCUGCGGCGGCAACAACAACCCAUCUUCACUUUUUCCUCCACGACAUCGUGAGCGGGAGGCACCCGACGUCUAUCAGGGUGGCGGGGGAGAAGAACAAGUUUGGCAUGACGGCAGUGAUCGAUGAUCCAUUGACGGAGGGCGCCGAGCACGGCUCCCCGAUCGUGGGAAGGGCUCAAGGCAUGUACACGUCAUCCGCGUUGGACGCCAUGUCGUUGCACAUGGCGGUGAAUUUUGAAUUUUUGGCGGGAGAGUUCAACGGGAGCACGUUGAGCAUCCUCGGGAGGAAUGCGUUCAUGGAGGCCGUGAGGGAGUUUCCGAUAGUUGGAGGGACCGGCCGGUUCCGGUUCGCUCAAGGCUACGCGUUGGCUAAGACUAAACGGUUCAAUGCCCCGACCGGGGAUGCCGUUGUCGAGUAUGAUGUCUUUGUGAUGCAUCGUUGAGAAUGUAUUUGAGAUUUAUAUUGUUCAGUACUAUUUGGAUAUAUGAUUUUUUUUUUUUUUAAUGAUACGAAAAUUCGCAGUC